GGAGGCGGGGCCGGGAGGCGGAGGCGGGGCCGGGAGGCGGAGGCGGGGCCGGGAGGCGGAGGCGGAGGCGGGGCGAGUCCGGAGGACUCCUCAGGCUGCGGGGAACAUGGCGUUCUGGGGUUGGCGCGCCGUGGCAGCCGUCCGGGUGUGGGGCCGGGUAGCUGAACGGGCCGAGGCCGGGGGACACGUGGGGCCGUUCCAGGCCUGGAGCUGUCGGCUGGUGCUUGGCGGCAGGGACGAUGUCAGUGCGGGACCGAGAGGCAGCCGCGGGGUCCGCGGUGAGCCCUUGGACUCGGCGCGCCCCUUGCAGAGGCCUCCCAGACCCGCGGUGCCCAGGGCAUUCCGGAGGCAGCCGAGGGCAGCAGCUCCCGGUUUCUUCUUUUCGAGUAUUAAAGGUGGAAGAAGGCCUAUAUCUUUUUCUGUGGGUGCUUCAAGUGUUGUUGGAAGUGGAGGCGACAGUGACAAGGGGAAGCUUUCCCUGCAGGAUGUAGCUGAGCUGAUUCGGGCCAGAGCCUGCCAGAGGGUGGUGGCCAUGGUGGGAGCCGGCAUCAGCACACCCAGUGGCAUUCCAGACUUCAGAUCUCCAGGGAGUGGCCUGUACAGCAACCUCCAGCAGUACGAUCUCCCGUACCCCGAGGCCAUUUUCGAACUCCCAUUCUUCUUUCACAACCCCAAGCCCUUUUUCACUUUGGCCAAGGAGCUGUACCCUGGAAACUAUAAGCCCAACAUCACUCACUACUUCCUCCGGCUGCUUCAUGACAAGGGGCUGCUUCUGCGGCUCUACACGCAGAACAUCGAUGGGCUUGAGAGAGUGUCGGGCAUCCCUGCCUCAAAGCUGGUUGAAGCUCAUGGAACGUUUGCCUCUGCCACCUGCACAGUCUGCCGAAGACCCUUCCCAGGGGAGGACUUUCGGGCUGACGUGAUGGCAGACAGGGUUCCCCGCUGCCCGGUCUGCACCGGCGUUGUGAAGCCCGACAUUGUGUUCUUUGGGGAGCCGCUGCCCCAGAGGUUCCUGCUGCACGUGGUUGAUUUCCCCAUGGCAGAUCUGCUGCUCAUCCUCGGGACCUCCCUGGAGGUGGAGCCUUUUGCCAGCUUGACCGAGGCCGUGCGGAGCUCUGUUCCCCGACUGCUCAUCAACCGGGACUUGGUGGGACCCUUGGCAUGGCGUCCUCGCGGCAGGGACGUGGCCCAGCUGGGGGACGUGGUUCACAGCGUGGAAAGGCUAGUGGAGCUUCUGGGCUGGACAGAAGAGAUGCGGGACCUCGUCCGGCGGGAAACUGGGAAGCUUAAUGGACCAGACAAAUAGGAUGAUGGCUGCCCCCACACAAUAAAUGGUGACAUAGGAGACAUCCACAUCCCAAUUCUGACGAGACCUCAUGGCUAAUUUUGGUGAAACCAGAAUAUGUGAACUGAGUGGACACCAGAGGCUGCCACUGGAACGUCUUCUCAGGCCGUGAGCUGUGCUGCGCUGACUGGUAGGGCUGUUUACGUUCAGGGCCACCCCGUCACAUAUACAAAGGAGCUGCCUGCCUGCCUGUUUGCUGUGUUGAACUCUUCACUCUGCUGAAGCUCUUAGUGGAAAAAGCUUUCUUCUGUGACCCUCUUGAACUGAACAGACUGACUGGAAUCCCAGACCGAGUUUGCUUUCUGUGCCCAGGUGAAGGGCAAGCUCAGCAUCUGUUGGUUAGAAGAUCUAGACGUGGGCCGAGCAGCCCCCACCCAGCCCUCUUCAUGUCCCAAAGUGUAGUCCUGAGACCCUAGUGCUGCACUUCUAGCAUGUUGGUCUCCUUUAGUAGGGCUAUUUUUAAUGAGAGAAAAUCUGUUCUUUAUUUCCAGCAUGAAAUACAUUUCAUCUCCUCAAAGGGACUGCAAGGUUGACAUGAGUUGGAAAGGGAACCCUGGAAUACAUGGCAUCCCCUCUGUUGGAACAGUCUGAGGACUGAAGGCAUUUGUCCCUGGAUUUAUUGGAGAUGGCCCAGCUCCUCCCUCUGAAGGUAGUCACAUUCUGUUGACUCUCCAUACUCAGCCUCUCCUCCAGAAACAGAUCGGUUCCAGAACAUUCCAGCACUUUCUAUCUGGUCUCCUUGUCCCCACACUAGUCCCCCUCCCCCAGGGCUUCCUCCAGUGACAGUUAGAGCUAAUCUCUGAGACAGGGAAGGCAUUACUUACUUCAAACCCAGGCUGAGUCCUGGCCACCUGCUGGAUUGUGACAUAUGAGGUGGAAUCCACUGAGCUCCCACUUCUGCACAGGCUCCUUCUGGGGCAGCACCAAGGCCCAGCUCUGAUGGCUCGCCCUGUCAGGCACCAGCUGCUUCCUCCUGGGCUCUUACCCACAUGCACAUCCUCCUUCCUAGCAUCGGAUUACCUGCGUGUUUCCCCAGACAAAAGCACUUCCCAUUCCUGAACCUUGCCUACCCUGGGCUGAGCUGAUGGGAAUAGAUUUAAUGACAGUGACUCCCAGGAAGGGGGUCCUGUGACUUUGCUCUGGUAAGAACAAAAGGUGGAACUGGUGACCUAGGAAAAGUGUUGAAUUCUAAAAAGAAUGAAAUUAGUUUCUAACUCUA